GGGAGUCUUCGCGUCCGCGCAACUCUCUCCAGUCCACCAGAGCGCGCGACGGAGAGGAUCGGGCGCGUUGUAAGCACGCCGUCUCACAUUUCUCUCCAAAGUCUCUCUCCACCUGAUUAUUUUUCUCUCUGACAGAUACACACAGACAUUAGACAGCAUGGGACUCUAAAUAUUCUCACUCAUCUAGUGGAUAUCGGACAUUUCUGCGCUUAUGCGAGAGCGGGAAAGAGACAGAAUGGGAUUUUAGUGUCUUCAUGAAACAGCUAUCAAUAUGACUCGCUCCGUGAGUUCCGUGGAUUUUACCCGCAGGCGAACAUCCAGUGAAUGAUGGACGAGAACAAGCAGCUCGCGCGGCAGAUCGAUGGCGCGAGUCCGGAGGUGACGAGCCUGCGUGUGGAGCUGACAGCCACCGGCCGCGGACCGGCGGAACUCGGAGAGCUAGAAGAACAGGGAGAACCGCAGGAACAUCAGCGGCAACAGAACCAGCACGAUGCAUCAGUGCAACGUCAGAAAGCAUUGAAUGACCUUAGUCAAAAAAGUGACAUCGUUAUCCAGGAUAAAUCAUUAGAUAAAGUGCUGUUGCAUGAGGAGGUGGUGCGUCUACAGGAGGAGGUGACUGUGUUAAAGCAGGUGAGGGAGAUGUUGAAUCGUGAGCUGGAGGAGACGGGAGGUGGCUGCUCCGUAGAGAUGCUGUCGGUCUCGCAGCUCCGGGUCCAGCUGACGCAGAAAGAACAGGAGUUGGACCGAGCAAAGGAGGCAUUACAAGCAAUGAAGGCAGACAGGAAGCGUUUGAGGUUGGAGAGGACUGAUCUUGUAAAUCAGAUGCAGCAGCUUUACACAACACUGGAAAGCCGAGAAGAGCAGCUACGAGACUUUAUACGCAACUAUGAACAACAUCGAAAAGAGAGUGAAGAUGCAGUGAGAGUCUUGGCGAGGGAGAAGGAUUUGUUAGAGCGGGAAAAGUGGGAUCUGCGUCGACAAACCAAAGAGGCCACGGAACACGCAAGUGCACUCCGCUCUGCACUGGACCUGAAAGAGAACAGGAUCAAGGAGCUGGAGGCUGAACUAGCUAUGAUGAGUAACUUUAUGGCUCAGAAACUAGAGAGUCGCGUGUUCGUUCGCUCUCCAGAAAGACCAGCCUCACCUAAAAAUGUGUCGGCAAAACAGUCUUUGGCUACUCUCACCAAGGAUGUUCCUAAGCGACACUCGCUGGCCAUGCCGACGGAGACUGUCGUCAACGGCAACCAAGAGUGGGCGAUGCAUGCAGAGCUUCCUCUGACUGCGGCUAUACGACAGAGUCAGCAGAACCUUUACUACUCAAUGGACAGACAGGUGUUAAAAGCACCGCUGUGUGUUUGCGACACGGAAAGCAUCGGCAUGAUGUCAUCAGCCGCAGCUCGUAUCAGUCCCUGUCACUCCAAACAACCGUCCGUCAUCUCUGACGCCUCUAUGAUGGAGGGAGAAAGAUGCCCAACCCCGUCAGAUUCUCCACGGCACAGAACGCACUCUCUCUGCAACUCUCUAGAGGAUUUAGAGGAGCAGAGACGCAGGAAGAAGAAGGAAAGGAUGGGACUGGGCUCUCUGUCGCGGGUGUUCGGUCGAGGGAAGCAAAGGAAGUCCAUGGAUCCAACUCUGUUUGAUGACUCAGACAGUGCAAUAAGCCCCACCCGUCUCAGCGUGAGCCUAUCGGAAUGCGAGGAACAGCUGGAUCGCCUGCAACAGGUGGAGCUUGCGCGGACUGUGCCCAUGUCUCAUUGGCGCGCUGGAACCGUGCAGGCGUGGCUCGAGGUGAUCAUGGCCAUGCCAAUGUACGUGCGGGCAUGUGCAGAUAACGUUAAGAGUGGGAAGGUUUUAUUAGUUCUAAAUGACGAGGACCUGGAGUUUGUUUUGGGAAUAAGCAAUUCAAUGCACCGCAGGAAAUUGCGUCUGGCUAUUGAGGACUACAGGGGUGCAGAAUCAGGGCGUGGGCUUUCUAAAGCAGCUGAUAUGGAUCAUCACUGGGUAGCUCAGGCCUGGCUGACUGAUGUGGGUCUUCCUCAGUACUCCCAGUUCUUUCACACUCACCUGGUGGACGGACGUCUCCUGAGUACACUUACACGCACAGACUUGGAUAAACAUAUGCACGUGUCUAAAAAAGCCCAUCAGAGCAGCCUUCUGCUGGGAAUACAACUGCUACACACUCUCAACUUGGACAAAGAGAUUUUGCAGUCCAGGCGAGCAGAGUGUGAGAAUCAGAACACGGAUCCAAUGGUGUGGACUUGUCAUCGUGUUGUCAAAUGGAUCAAGGAGAUUGAUCUAAAGGAAUUCGCUGACAACCUUCAGAACAGCGGGGUUCAUGGAGCUGUCAUGGUGUUGGAUUCCUCCUUCAACUCAGAUACCAUGGCAACAGCUUUAUGUAUUUCAAGCAGCAAGCACAUGGUCCGUCAUCACCUGAAUGAGGAGAUGGAGGCUCUUCUCAGUGCAGCCAGGGCAGGACUUGAUCAAGAUGUUGAACCAUUGGGAACUCCGCCCACACUACGCCGGCAAAGUUCCUUAAGCAGCUCCUCGCCCAGUUGCCAUGAAGAUCAACAGUCUUUAAGGAGGGUGAAGCAGCAGCUGGGUCUCAGCCCAAAGAAUCUCACUGGGCGGAAGAUCAGUCAACAAAAUCGGUCUGGCUCAUUUCCAAGGAAUGGACUUCAGGAAAUGUCACUACAGAAAGAGCGAUGCCCAGUUCGACAUUUUUCUGCUGCUGAGCUCACCAAUGUCUGAGUUCUUCUGCUGACAAGAACACAUCUAAAGAAUGUCAGAACUGUUGUUUUUCAAAUGCUGGGAUUUCUUUAUCAAAGCAAAUCUUGAUGAAAUCUCAAUGAAAAUUCACAUUUUCAAAAACAGACUGUUAAGCUGUCUGUGGAUAUCACAGAAACCAUUCAAAAGUGCACAUGCAGACCAAACAUUUAUUUACACGUUAAGAUGAAACUGACUAAAAAUUGUGGGAACUGUAUAAUCACAGGUUGUUUGGGAGAAAGGUUGGGAUUUUAAAACUGCACAUAGACCAUUUCACUUCUCAAUAGUAUUGCAAAUCCUGUCUGGUUUAAACUUGCUAUGCAUUGUAAAUCACAACGAGUAUACUACCAAACCCAGGUCAUGUGCAGGUUGUAGCAAAGGUUAUGUUUAACAGCGGAAAUAGUGAGUAAUCAUCAAAGAUAUGACUGAUGUGCAUUUGCAUUCAGUUUAUGACAGACAACUCGCAGUAUAGUAGAUGGAAAGGAAGUGCGUAUGAAAGUACAAGAAUUUGUGGAACUCAUAAUGUUCUUCACUUUUAAAAUGAUGUUACAUUCUAUAACACAAAGUAUACUUUUUCAGGCAAUGUUUUUGUUUUUUGUUUGUUCAUUGUUGUGUUGCUGUUGAGUUACAGUAUCUGUGUAUUUCUAGAACAAUCUUUUAUUCUUCCUGCAAUCUCCACCAUUUCCCACACAGGAUUAAUAAAUUAUUUUAUUGUUCUGAGAAGGAUGCGUAAGAAUGUGUAAAACAGCCCAGCACUCCUUGUUCUGCGUACUAUUAAAACAGUUGCAUCAUGUAUCUUAACUUUAACAGACACAGUGUUGCCUAAUGCAUACUGUAAAUGGUGGACCUUUGUACAGUACCAUUACCAGAUUCGCAGCUUCCCAUAAAGUGGUUAAAUAUUGUUGAGCGUUAGUUCUGCUCUAGGAAUUAAUGCAUUUGAAUGAAUUAUGACUGACAUAGUUGACCUCUCUCUACACAGUGGUGUGUUAUGGGGAGACAAUAUACCGAAUAUUGUAAAUAUUCGUGGUAUUAAAAACCUUUUAUUGCUAUCAUGUUAAUUCUACACCAUAAUUUCAUAAACUAUUCAGCACCCAUUUAAAACAAUGGUCACGAUAGGUACAAACAUUAUCUCUGCCUCCAUACACUUGUAUUUUGAAUGUGAUUCAUUGACUAAAUAGCAGCUAAAACACAAAACAAACAAAAUUUAAAGAUGAAUUUCACUGAUGAAAUCUUUCAUUUCUUUAAAGAAACGCAUUGCAGAAAACACCGUGAUAAUACCAUUAUCACAAUCGUUUGGCCACGAUAACCUUGUUGUGAAAAAUCUGAUAUUGUGACAGCA